GAUACUGUGGGCUGUGGGAAGGAAAAAGGGAAAAGUCCACUCUAAGUAGGAAUUGAGGAACGUGGAAAAGCCCCUUCACCUAUAAGAAAGCUUCAUUUGGAAAUGGGCAGUUUGUCCCUGUGCCGUGUGUUAUAAACGUCUCUAUGGGUUUCUUCCACAGACUUGGUAAAAUGUCUUUCUUCUCGACAUGGAUCAAAGCUAUUUUUAUCACUGCCCUGGCAUUUCCUCAUUAUUCUGAAACUGGUUUUGAACCUUCACCAGAAAUUCAUAGACUCCCAAACUGUGAUGUGUAUGUACAUCAGUUACAUUUUUGCACAAGAGAAAUGGAUCCAGUCUGUGCAACCAAUGGCCAAACUUAUUCCAAUAUAUGCGUUUUCUGCAGUGAACUAUUCGAAAGUGGUGGAGCGUUUGAUUUUAGUCAUUAUGGUAGAUGCUGAUUCUGCCUGCGCUACACAUUCCAAUACCUUUUAUUGCAAUCCAAUUUUGUGGUAGAUUCUACAACCAGUUAGAACGGCCUCAGUCAGAGUUUUAAAUUCCUAGAAAAUCAUACAAAGACUUCUAUGGCAUAUAAGAUGGAAUAUAGGAUGUUGAAGAAUUUUUCCAUGAGCCUAUGAUUGAAAGGUUUUCCUUCUCUAUGUUCAAUUAUUCAAUGACAAUUGAAAAACUAUCUUAAUUUUGUAUUUCUUAACAUAAAACCUAAUACAACUUAAAAUAAUAAAUAUUUCAA